AUGCUCUUCAUCAACUCUCUAGCAGGCACAGUGGUGCUGUUGGGGCAGCCGCAGUAUGCCCACGCUCGCAACCUCACCCAAAACGUAAACAUGAUGUACAACUACCGCCAGCCGCUGAUGGUGGUGUACUGCAGCAGCGGGCAGGAUGUGGCGGCCGCCGUGGCGUUUGCCGCGCAGCGGCGCCUGCCGCUGUGCCCGCGGGCCGGCGGGCACGACUCCAUCGGCGCCUCCAUCUGCGAGGGCGGCGUGGUGGUGGAUGUGUCGGGCAUGACGCAGAUCAACGUGCUGCCCGAGCGGGGCGAGGCGGUGCUGGAGGCGGGCGUGCGCUUCAGCGACCUGACUGCCGCGCUAGAGCCGCACGGCAUGGCGGCGCUGCAAGGGGACUGCGCCGAUGUCGGCAUCGCAGGGUACACCCUGGGCGGCGGCUGGGGCAAGCUGUCCAAGAGCAAGGGGCUUGGCGUGGACAAUGUGGUGUCGUACACUGUGGCGCUGGCAGACGGCAGCCUGGUGGUGGCGAACGAGACGGGCGAGUAUGCCGACCUCUUCUGGGCGAUGCGAGGCGGCGGCCACCAGAACUUUGGCGUCCUGACUGGCCUCACCUACAAGGUGUUCCCUCAGGUGGAGGUGCUGACCUACAACGCCACCUGGGACGCCGCCGCCAGCCCGCGGCGGGCGGCCGAGGUGCUGCUGACGUGGCAGGACCGCUACCUGAACAAGCCGCCCCGCGCCCUCAGCCUGUACCCGCACUUUUACGCGGACAAGAGCACGGGGCAGCAGCUGCUGGUCAUGUAUGUGAUCUACACCAAUGAAGGGCCUGGCGCGGAGGCAGAGCUGAAGCGUCUGGUGCGCCCUCUGGAGAAGCUGCGGCCGCAGAGCUCUGCCAUGCAGCGCAUCCCCGCCGCCCAGCUGGAAGACCUGAUGGACGCCUUGGAAGACACCAUCCACGAUGCGUCGCCGCCCAUCGGGGUGCAGCCCGCGCUGUGGGAGCUCAAGCUGGGGCAGUACGUGGCCUGGCGGCUGACCCUGGAGCAGAUGCGGGGCAUUGUAGACGGCUGGCUCAGCUGGCCCGCGUUCCCCAACAACUACUCAGGGUCGGCCUUCACUUACGCAUACUUCGAGGGGGUGGAAGGCGCCAUUGUCGACGUGGAGGCGGAUGCCACCGCCUACGUGCACCGCAGCGUGGGCUUCGACCUGGUCGUGGACACUUUCUUCCUGUCGGAGGCCGGCAAUGCCGAGGCGGCCCAGGCCUGGCUGGACGAGCUGUACGGCGAUCACUGGGCCUCGUUCCUGAGCGGGCAGGCCUACCAAAAUUACGCCUCGGACAGCUACCAGCCCCGCCGGCGCGCCCUGGAGAUGUACUUUGGCAGCAACCUGUGCCGCCUGGUGGCGGCCAAGCGCAAGUACGACCCCACGCAGGUGUUGUCCUCGGAGCAGGGCGUGCCGCCGCAGCUGGCGGGCUGUGACUGA